CGCACAUCACCAACACUGCAAGGAACAAAAGGCUAUUUCCGGUGUGUAGCUGGCCUUAAAUGCCAAGCACAGUUGUGUGCCCUCUAUUGUCCGCUUGGUGACAGCGUCAAGAUUUCUUGCAAUGGUAAAAACCAUUUCCAUGCUGAAGACGCCAACAACAACCGCCAUGGCCAUGGACUGACUCAUGCCACCAAGUUGGAGGUAGAGAAACUGUUCUCUGCUGGUGUGACAAAGCCACUGCAGGUCCAAUCAGCUCUGCAUAGCCAGGGCGUCAGAGGGCAAUCUGUCAAGCAGCUCAGCAACUUCAUCGGUCACCUUCGGCGAAAGCUUCUAGGAGCACCUACCAUCAGCUAUGGGGAGCUACGUGACUGGUGCGUCCAAGCCGAAGCUGUACCUAGCGACGACGAUAAGGCGUACGUAGUGCAUCAUGAUGUUGACCGUGAGCAGCAGAAGGUGAGCGUCAUGCUCACCACCCGUUCCCUGCUUGUCGCUGCUGCGGCGGCCGACGUCAUUCACGUAGAUGCUACAUACAAACUGAACUGGCAGGGGUAUCCUGUCCUGAUCGCCGGAGUGACAGACGCGGCGUCCCAGUUUUUCCCCUGCAUCUUCGCAGUGAUGACGUCAGAGAAGGAGGGGGACUAUACUAGUCUCCUGCGGGUUAUGAAGGAUGAAGUGGAGAAGGCCACGCAGCAGACGUUCGCUCCGAGGGUGGUGAUGGGUGACUGCGCGGAGGCUGUGACACGUGCUGCAGAGGCUGUGUUUCCUGACGCAGCACGCCGCGUUUGCUGGUUCCACGUUAAAAAGGCUAUCGACGGAAGGCUGCGAGGUGAGGACAAAGAGUGGCGGGGAAUGGUCCUCGGAGACCUUGAAAAGGUACAGCUGAGUGCCACGCCGGAACAGUUCGACCAUUCAUUCGAUCUGAUGUGUGAGCGCUGGCUCAGCAGUUCGUGGCCGUCAGCAUGUGAUUUUGUAACUUACAUACGUACGCAGUAUCGCACGAAGAACUCUGGUUGGUUCGAAGGCUUUGAUCUACGCUCGCCAUCCACCAACAAUGCCAUCGAAUCAUUCAACGGGCAGAUCAAGGCUCGGCACACUAUCCGGGAGCGCGCACCUGUCGGCCGGUUCCUUCGGACCGCCCUCGACAUGGUGAGUGAGUGGGCGGCGGAGCAUGGCGAGCGUCGUGUCUUUCAGAGCGACCCACCCGUGCAUCUGUCUGUCCAGACGGCGGCCUGGCAGUGGAUAACGAAGGGUCAGCGAUGCUUCACCUCUGGUGCCCGUACCUAUGUCCCUGCGGGUGACCGGGAGAGCGUGUCGCGGGAUGAGGCGUUACACUACGAUGAGGUGAUGUCUGGGUCCACGCCGGUGACAUUCGGGGAGCUCAUGCAGGUGCGGUUUUCCACGUGGCUGAUGGAGGAUAGGGGCGGCGAGGGCACCGAGAGGAGCAUUCGAGACCUGACAUGUACGUGCCCCCCGUACUUAAAAAAGUCGAUGUGCAAACAUGUGGUGGCCGCUGCCAUCACGGCCGGCUGGAUCAUGGUGUCCGAGCGGGCGAAGGACGUGCCCUUGGGGCAAAAGAGGAAGCGAGGUCGGCCCGCCCUGGCUAGGCCCGCUCUUCUCCAUUGAGCACUGAGUAGGGCUUCCAGCCCAGAGACAAUGUACAGGCCCUUGCCUCACACUUAGUAGGGCUUCUAGUCAAGAAACAACGUAAAGACCCUUGCUCAUGCAGGAACUGAUGGAAUACGUUUUCAUUGAUGGCUGUUUCCCUCCAUAUUUGCGACACAUUUUGUGCCCUAUAUAUAAGUACCGGUAUAUGCCACAUUUUGAGUUAUUUUUGUUUCAGACGCAAGUUAAUGCCUCCAUCGUAUCUUACGUUUACUUGAUAUCAACGACAGUUUUGCUAUUUUUCACUGCUUAAUUCUAGCAAGAGCAAAUUACUAGAGUAAUGCUAGUUAUUUUCAUUGUCAGGCAUUGCACAUGUGGUGGAGGAUACUGACUAUUCAACCUCUUCGCCGAAUUACCCCGCUUUCCCCAAGACAUGAGCGUCCAUACAUGUAUGUAUUGUGUGUAGUCACUUGACUUGGUGUCGUUUCAUGUGACUGCGACUUGUUUGUGUAACCCGUUCACGUACUGUGUUCCACCUCAGGGUUGUAUCAUCGUUAUCUGACGGUUGCUAUUUGCGCUUAGGUGUUGCGUGUGUACUGCGUAAACCCCUAUCCGUUUACGAGCUUAGUAAAUCCACAGAACCUAACAAUGGCGUGUCCACCUUCUUCAAAUGUCAGCGCUAGCUGAGAGAGUAACGCGCCAAGCGUGACGUGCAAGUGGAAUUUCAGAAUUUGUGUUCUGUGUUUGUUGAGGCGUGCAUGCAUGGCACGAUGAUCGAUCAUAUCAUCGGUUGCUGAGGACCAUUUGCUUGUUUACUUACAAAUCAGUUGUUUGCUGCCCAGGACAGGGUCUCCGGCUUUUGAACUGGAUGACCUAAACGUUUGCUUUGCAUAGAUGUCGAGAAACCUUGAAUGCAACGUUUUCAAGAAAAAUACAACGGUUUGUCGAUGCCAGUCACUUGUUUCGUGGAUGUUAUGCUGACUU